AUGGACAGCAAAGAGAACUAUUUUAACUUCAAAUAAAUGACAGAAUCUUUUAGAAAUGUUAAGAAAUAUUCAUAACACUCAAACACCAUUUUAGACAUGUUUGUAGAAAUCACCUAGAAAUUGGACAAAUCUUCCAAAGAUUAUUUGUCCAAAGUCAUUCCUAUUGACGAUGACAAAUAAACACUCAGUUAAGUUGAUAGUAUCAUCAUCAUGAAUUACUUCAAAUAAAUAGUCAUCUAUCUAAUUAAAACCAAGGUAGAAUUAGAAGAAAGAACACAAUAAAUUGAAUCUCAGACCCAAUAUGAAACUUUGAUUUAGAAGCUAGAAGCUGAUGUUCGUUAACAUAUUCGAAUCGAAUAACAAUUAAGAAUCUAUACUGAAACACUCUAAUCUAAAAUUGAUGAUUUUGUAAUAGAAAGAGAGUAAUAAACUCAAUAGAUAAAAGAAUAUGAAUAAUAAAUCAAAUAGAAAAACAAAGAUAUCGUAAUCUAUUAAAGUGAACUUCGUAAAGCAAUCAAUUAGAACUAAUAAAGACAUACUAAACUAAUUACUGAGCCAAUCCAUGAAGAUUAUGAUACUGCAUACCACCUCAACAAGUUGAAUUAAACCAAUUAUACACAUCAACGUAAAGCCAGUCAAUUUAAUGAAGAAAAGUGUGCAGCAAAUAAAUCUCAACUCAAUAGUUAUAAAAACUCCCCAGAAAGAAUCCCAAUUCGCAAGAUAUCAGUGACUAACUAUGCUGACACUAAGGCCAUUAAAUAGCCAGUCUUCAUUCGAUAACCAUGUCCAAUGUCAUAUUCACAUUUAAAAACCGAGGUUUAACUCAGUUAUAGGAGUAACAGUUAAGAGAGUAAAUAGGCAUCUAAGAAUGCAAUAAAAUGA